CCGCUGCUGCUGCUGCUGCUCGGGAUGGCGCUCUGCCCGCCCGCCUCCGCGCUGGGGGACGAGUUCAGCCCCGGACAGUGGGCGGCCGCCGGGGCCGCGGGCUCCGCCGCCAAGGGGAGACGGUAUCUUUUGUAUGACGUAAAUCCCCCCGAAGGUUUCAAUCUCCGCAGAGACGUAUACAUUCGCGUUGCGUCCCUUCUAAAGACGUUGUUGAAAACCGAAGACUGGGUGCUGGUUCUGCCUCCGUGGGGCCGCCUUUAUCACUGGCAGAGUCCUGAUAUUCAUCAGGUGCGAAUCCCGUGGUCAGAAUUUUUUGACCUGCCGAGCCUCAACAAAAACAUUCCGGCCAUCGAGUACGAGCAGUUUAUCGCAGAGUCAGGUGGACCCUUUAUUGAGCAAGUUUAUGUCCUACAAAGUUAUGCGGAAGGAUGGAAAGAAGGAACUUGGGAGGAGAAAAUAGAUGAGAGACCAUGCAUUGAUCAGUUGUUAUACUCAAAAGAUAAACAUGAGUACUAUAGAGGAUGGUUCUGGGGUUAUGAGGAAACACGGGGCUUGAAGGUCUCUUGUCUCUCAGUCCAAGGAUCGGCCUCCGUCAUGGCUCCGGUCCUUCUGAAAAAUACUUCGGCACGGUCAGUGAUGUUAGACAGAGCUGAAAACCUACUUCAUGACCACUAUGGAGGGAAAGAUUACUGGGAUACCCGUCGGAGCAUGGUGUUUGCCAGACAUCUGCGUGUGGUGGGGGAUGAGUUUAGGAUCAAAUACCUUAACUCCACAGAUGGAAGUGACAAGACUAGUUACUAUGAAGACUGGACAAAGAUGAAGGUAAAGCUGGGCACCGCCCUAGGUGGGCCUUACCUUGGAGUGCACCUCCGGAGAAGAGAUUUUGUCUGGGGGCAUAGAGAGGAUGUACCCAGCCUGAAAGGAGCAGCGAAGAAAAUCCGGAGUCUCAUGAAAAUUCACAAACUGGAGAGAGUUUUUGUAGCGACGGAUGCCGUCGUAGAGGAAUUUGAAGAAUUAAAAAGACUGCUGCCCGAAAUGGUGAGGUUUGAACCUACUUGGGAGGACCUUGAACUCUACAAAGACGGAGGAAUAGCAAUUAUCGAUCAGUGGAUCUGUGCACAUGCCAGGUACUUUAUAGGCACCUCGGUUUCAACAUUUUCCUUUCGGAUUCAUGAGGAAAGAGAAAUAUUAGGAUUGGAUCCUAAAACUACAUACAAUCGGUUUUGUGGAGAUAAAGAGAAAAACUGCGAGCAGCCCACGCACUGGAAAAUAGCCUAUCGAUGAUCCAGCCUGCCUCCCCGGAGCUCGUGGACUCACAGCAGAUCAGUCAAUUUCGAAAGACCCAGUUUUUUCCCUUUCCGUGGCUUUACCAUUUUUAUACAUACUAAGAGAACUGUAAUGCACUUUUUUCCAGACAGAAACACGAGUGGUCAUAACGGUGGAUGACAUUUUCCUCACGAUUCAGUUUUGGUGCGACUGGUGGGAUACGGUCCCUAACAGGUUUUUAAGGCUGGAUUGUAGAAGUAAAGCAUCAUUUUGAGGUGCAACAAAAUCGAGUGGUUUUGAAUUGAAUUGUACGUACUAGACAUGUCAGUUUAAUCCUGUUCUCAGGAUGUUUUGCACCGAGCUCCUUGUCGGCUCUGUAUUUCGUUGGCCGCGUUUCUGUACUAGGUGGCAGAGGGAUAAAUCUGUUUCUGGCUUUGUAGUAACUGCAUUGACAUUGUGGACAAGCCCAGAAUGAUGGGAAAACUAUGCCUCUUGUCUUCUUAAAACAACUUCAGAUUAAAUCCUGCCAGAGUACCUGCUCUGAGGUCACAAAAGCGUAUUUUGUGGUACCGCAACUGCCAAAAUCUCCACCUUCCAAACGCUUAGUUUAGUACUGGAUCAUUCUGCCCUCUCCAGUUCACUUUUACAUUGAAUUAUCCGUGACGUUACGUCUGACGGUGUCAAUUUUAGAUACGUUUUUGGCCAUCUCGAGUAAUCGUACCUUAAAACUGCAAGUUAACUCCUAGAUAUUCCUGUGCUCGGGGUAAGUGGUUUGCUUGUACAUUUUCAACUUCCGUUUGCCAGUCUACCAACUCGGUCAUCCUGAAUUGGGUUUUGCAUACAAAAUGGAAUGUAGAGCCGAGAAUUUGGCGCGAAGAGAUUAAGGGAGAAAGAGAAAGGGAGAAAGUUCCUGAGUUCUUUUAAAUAAAUCAGUGGACGGUGUGUUCGGGAGGAUCAAUGUCCAUUUUUUUCCCCCCGUUUACUGCCAUGUUGAUUUUAAUCCCAGUGGUCAGCAGUCAGUGAGAUUUCAGAGAAAAGGCGUAUUGGCUUCAGCUUGGAUAUGACAACAUCGCAAAAGUGAUCAGUAUUUGUUAAAUGAUUUAAGUGAAAAAAUGAACCUAUGUUUAUGCACGUGCUGCCGUUUGGAAGGAAGGGCAGGAACCCUAGCCCGUGCUUCGAACUCGAUUUCGCCUCUCAGCAUCCCCUUUAAGAAAAUCCUUCCCCUGGAUGUGUUAACGUUGCCUCCGCCGAAUACGUCUACCGAAGAGAGACUCCGACCAGCUGAAGAAACGAGGGUUAAAAUGAACAGAGCCCCGGAACAGAUGAAAAUUUGACGGAGAAGAAAAGCAGAGGAGGCUGCCCACCUGCCCGAAAGAUGGAUUCAGAGCCCCCUGUCCUUUUUCAGGUUGGAGAGUUUUGCAUCAGGAAGGCCCUGUCUGUCGCUGGCACUGAAGUGCCGUUCGUUCUCCGCCUGCAGUGAGCGGGGCAGGGAAAAGGAUGGACAAAGGUCAGAGUCCCCAGCAGCUGGUAGGAGAGGAGCACAUAGUGACCUUUUCAGAAGAGUGGCCGGAAUCUAGCGGUUAACACUACGUCUCAUUGUUGAGUACUUUCCGUAACGCCCUGGUGCAAUAUUUUAGACUGUCGCUCUGUCCUUUCCUCCCGAAACGUGUUACAAGGAUUAUCUCCUUCUGCCGCCGAUUUUUUGUGCAAGGUGGACCUCAGGGAUGCCCUGGGCCCAGCCAACAAGACAGUAGAAAUAUUUAUUCCUUCCCAUUUGUACAGUGAACUUUUCUUACGAAGAAAAUGAAGAUUUUAGGACGUCUGAUCUUACAAAUGGUGCCUUUUUAAAAACUUGAAUUGUAUUUAGCCUGAACUAUGCAAAAAAAAAAAGAAAAAUGUACCUGAUAACUGUAUACCUCCAUUUUUAAAGGAAAAUAAAGUGCUUUUUCGGUAUUAAUUGUUAA